AAUACACGAAUCACCCCAUGUUUGUGUUAAACUAAAAACCCCAGCAGCAGGGAAAAUUCGUCAAGAUAUUUUAGCUUCCUUUUUUUAACAAGAGCGUACGGAAUAUACGAUUGAAUAAUUUCAAGGCCAAAGAAAACAUAAAACCAAGCUAAUUUUUUCAAUAUGGGUGCAGAUGAUCGGGAUAGGCGCAGGCAUAGGAGUCGCUCACGUUCUCGCGAUAGGCGUCGUUCACGUUCCCGUGAUCGCGAUCGUCGUGACCGUCGCGAUGAGCGAGGCAUGGCCAAUAUACCCGGCGCCAGCAGUGGGCCCCGUGGCAGAGGUAACACAAAACGUCGCAAGCCAUCCUUGUAUUGGGAUGUGCCUCCACCGGGAUUCGAACACAUUACGCCGCUGCAAUACAAGGCAAUGCAAGCAUCUGGUCAAAUACCCGCCAAUACUGUACCCGAUAUUCCCCAAGCCGCCGUACCGGUUGUAGGUUCUACUAUCACAAGACAGGCUCGACGACUGUAUGUUGGCAACAUACCAUUCGGUGUAACUGAAGAUGAAAUGAUGGAAUUCUUUAAUCAACAAAUGCAUUUGACCGGUUUGGCUCAGGCUGAUGGCAACCCCGUCUUGGCUUGUCAAAUAAAUUUGGACAAAAAUUUUGCAUUUCUUGAAUUCCGCUCAACCGAUGAAACAACUCAGGCCAUGGCUUUCGAUGGCAUCAACUUUAAGGGACAAAGUUUGAAAAUACGACGACCACAUGAUUACCAACCAAUGCCGGGAGUUGUUGAUGCCUCACCCAUGCCGCAACCUGUUUCAAAUGGUGUUAUAUCCACAGUUGUUCCAGAUUCUCCGCAUAAAAUAUUUAUUGGUGGUUUACCAAAUUAUUUGAACGAGGAACAGGUUAAGGAGCUACUUCUGUCGUUUGGCCAACUUAGGGCGUUCAAUUUGGUUAAGGACGCUGGCACCGGUCUGAGCAAGGGUUAUGCUUUUACCGAAUAUGUUGAUCACACCAUAACAGAUCAGGCAAUUGCUGGUUUGAAUGGCAUGCAAUUGGGCGAUAAAAAGCUUAUUGUACAACGUGCCAGUGUUGGGGCUAAAAAUGCUCAAAAUAACUCAGCAACAGCAGCGCCAGUUACCAUACAGGUACCCGGUUUGGCAAUGUUGGGCAUUUCUGGACCACCCACCGAAGUUUUGUGUCUUCUCAACAUGGUUACACCCGACGAGCUGCGCGACGAAGAAGAAUAUGAGGAUAUCUUGGAAGACAUCAAAGAGGAAUGCAAUAAAUAUGGCGUUGUUCGAAGUGUGGAGAUACCCCGACCAAUUGAGGGUGUUGAUGUGCCGGGUUGUGGUAAAGUUUUUGUAGAAUUCAACUCGGUUAUGGAUUGCCAAAAAGCCCAACAGGCAUUGACCGGACGUAAAUUCAGUGAUCGUGUUGUAGUCACAUCUUACUUUGAUCCAGACAAAUAUCAUCGUCGUGAAUUCUAAGGCAAAGAAACAAAGCGAAUGGGGAAGUACAAUUAAUUACCUAAAGAUAAUGAAACAAUUAAGAAUCAACAACCUCCUCCCCCUGGUACCAACAACAGUUUACAGAAAUCACAAAUAUUUUGAGUGAACAUAAAUGUUCGUAUAUAAAAAUUACUUUAUUAAACAACAACAGCAAAAUCUUUUCAUAUAUACAAAUAUUAAUAUACGAUGGAGCGUUUAAUGAACGUCAAAUCUCUUUAUAUAUAGAUAUUUGUAGGUAUAUUCCUAACAUAUUUCAUUCUUUUAUAUAUGAGUGUAUUGAUAAUUGACAAUUUUCUUCUUUGAUUUUGUUAAAUUGUAAGCUAGUUUAAUAUAUUUGCAUAUACUACAGACAUACAAUAUUUCUUGCGUGUAAAGCAGAAGUCGAAUGGACAUUGAUGCCACUGGAAGAAAAAGAAAUUAAUUUAUCAAUAAAGUAUAACACAACAA